UUGACAUUUCGACGAUUCCAUCGAAACCUUCUCUGUGUUUUGAUGAAAACUUUUAAUUUUGUGAAGAAAAUUUGUGUAAAUCCGACCUUUAUUUAACAGUGAAGACACGCAAUGGGUUUCGACAAUGUGCCGACAUUGUCGGGUCUGUUUCACAUAGUAUCGACGAAAGACGAGAAAUGUGGCUAUCUGGAAACAGUUCUGUCGUGGAACCAUUUCUGGGGCAAUGCAUUACAACAACCAUCUUUUACACCGUUUUCAUACAACAGCAGCAAUGUCUUCGAGUAUUUAGAGAUGUUCGAGGUAAACGAUCCAAAAUUGUACAGUCACUGUAAGAACAAUAACAUGGACUUGAAACUGUGGGAGAAGAAAGAGAAUUCGUUCAAGGAACUGUUGAAUAUCCCCAUACAGCUGCGCCCCUUUUUCGACACUUUCGGCAAUCCCAAAAACGCCAGUCAAUUCUACAAGGGAAAGAUGCCUGUGGUGUCGCUUACCGACUGGAUAGAAGUUAACAUUGGUUCCAUUAUGUCGGCAAAAAUACAGGUAGCGUUGGCCAUUGGAACGGUGGAUCAAUUGAAUGCAUUCAAAUCGAGCAGAAACAUUACGAUUAAUCCCUGCACGACAAGUAGAAGCGACAAUCCGACUGCGAAAAAGGCAAACCAAACCGCACUAGCCGAUAUGCUGAACACAUUUAUUGACAACUUGGCAUUGAGUCUUCCAAAACGAGUUUCUGAGUCAACAGAUCAACGCCAACAGUAUUCAACCGAUCCACGUUAUCAAUUACGGCGCACAUCCGAUUUGUUGGAUGUUCUGCAUAAUGCAUUGAAAAAUCCUACACCGAGUUUGAUCACAUCGUCAUCGGCACUACCAUUUAAAGUGAACGGAAGAGCAACGAAUCUGCCAACAAAUAAUGUCCAACCGAAAGGUAUUAAAGAAAAUGUUCGAGUGACAGUGAAAAUAGACCGUGCACGGAAUUUGAUAGCUAAGGACAAUACUCAUGACAGUCUGGAUGACGAGUCGACUGAGGACAACAGGCCCUGUACUUAUGUUUCAUUUGAAGCGAUUGAAUUUGAUAACGGAGAGCAAUAUUCGACGUUUGCUACGAGAAUUGCACAAAAUAGCUGCAAUCCUCACUGGAACGAAAAAUUCAACGUUAUGCUGCCAAAGGAUUUGCUGCAAAAAGAAACUGACAAGAAACUUGUUUUGAAAAUCUGGCGAAAAAUAUCCUCGAAUUCGAUGAUGAGUCAUGGCUCUCAACACACUGACCAAGACGAAAUGAUUGGUGUCACUGCAAUAGAUUUGAGUCCACUAUCUUCUGAAUCGACUAUAGCCGGUUAUUUCAAUAUGGUUGACGCAGCCGGUCACGUCAACGGUGAACUGAAGAUUCAUAUUGUGCCAACAGACGAUACGGACUGCGUAGAAAAUAGUAAUACUUCAACCGACGACACAUCGGAACUGCCAAAUACUUUGAAAGACUUAGAGACUGGUUCGUACCACUUAGACAAUGUGGUGCUGAGUCGAACAUUGAAACGCAAGUUCACCGAACUCGAAGAAAUAAGUGAGCGACUGAAAUCCCGUCUAUUAGACGUCACUGCCGCCGACGAGAGUUUCGAUGUUGACGAUGAAUUUGAAAACGAUUUGAACACUUGUCCGGACGAAGAUGAUGUGGACGAUAGCGGUGAAUUUGAUUGGAAUCGUUUUUCGACUUUAGAAAUUGAUUGUGGUACGAGCGAACCGGUAACGGAGACAGUGGAUCGUGGCGAUGUGUUAACCAAUGUUUUUGAACGAUCCACUCGGAAUAAUGUACUGGGAGAUGAAAACCCAUCAGUGAACGUCCAAACUCAUGAAUAACAUUCGAAUGAUAAGCGCGUACGAGUCAUCGUUUUCAAACGGUAAGUUUAAAUUGAACCAUUCAGUGAACAAGUAAGACCGGCAGUUACUCAGGCGGGUUUUACAUUGAUUCGGAUUCGAUCUGGUUCGUUCCUUUUUACUUCUUUAUGUUUAAGUAUAACUCCUCUCUCGGAACAAUGAUUAAGAAUAAUUCAGUUUCUUGGUUUAAAUUAUUAUUUUUUUAAAAAGGGUUUCGCGUAUAAGCUAAGACUUAGUAGAACCGUCGUAUACUAUAACAAAAUCAAUAUUUCAUAAUAAAAAAAAGAAUAAAAAUUGCGAUUUUAUUUUAUGUAA